CUACUGGAAUGAUUACGCAUUUGUCUGGGGUUGUUUGAGAAAUAUUUUGGGGUGGGUUAAAAGUUUGGCUGGAAGAGUAUGGUCGCUGAGGUGAGAGUACUGAGGAAGAGAGAGGAAUUAAGCGUAGGAACCUAGGGGCUCGAAGUGUUGGAAGGAUCCUUUGGCGUGGGAGCGGAGGGGUGGGAAGGUGGGACCAGGAAUAGCACCAGUGGGGGAGAGAAGAAAGGCAAUUAAUGAUUUGAGACAGGCGAGACGAAGGAAUAGUUGAGUGGAAGGGCCCCAAGAACAUCUAGUUCAACCAUUACCUUAACGAAAAUCCAUGCAUGAACUCCCCAAAUGCUGUUCAUCCAAUACUGCCUUUGAAGACUUUUAUCGAGUGGAACCCCUACUCGAUAAAAUCAGUACAUUGCCACAUCCUUUCCUAUUCCCUUUGAGACAGCCCAGCCCAUUUUUGGAUAAUUCUAAUUUUUAGGAAGUUUAUCUUUAAAACUUUGUCCCUAUGACUUUCAUCACUGCUCCUAGUUUUGUUCUUUGAAGCCAAACAAAACAAGUCUAAUCCUAUUCUAAUCUAUGACAGUCCUUCAAAAUUUGGAAGACAGUUAUGUCUUUUCUUCUCCAGGCAAAACGUCCCUCAUUUCAUUCAGCUUAUCCUCAUAUAGAAUGGUCUCAAAGCCUUUUACCAGUCUUUACCAUGAGGUAAAGGUUCAUAAGAAGGCAACUGGUAAAGGUCGAGGAGAAGAUGAGAGAGGAGGAAGGAGUCUGGUAAAAGGAUGAGAAAGCAAGGAGCUAGAGGAAAGGGGUAGGAAGAGGGAGAAGGUGACAGCUUCUCUUACCCUCUACCUCCAUUCCCUCCAGACAAGGAGGAAAGAAUGAAGAGGGGUUUGGAAAAGAUAAGAGAUGGUUGGGAAUAACGUUAAAGAAAUUAUGUUAGUGAAAAUAGGGGUGGAACGAUUUAUUUGAAUAGGAAAGACAUAGGGAGAAGGAGGUGCAAUAUGUUUUGGUGUUGGAGAACUGGAGUGAAAGAACCAUCUUGGGUUAAUCUUGGGAAGGAGAAAAUUGGUGAGUAGCAUAGGGAGCUCAGAAAAAAAGGGUAUGCAGAUGAGGAGGAGAUAGGACCCUUCAGAAAUGAAGAAGACCCUUCAAGGUUAGCAUUUUUGAGAAGAGAUAAGACUUCCAUUUGGUGGAAUUUUUUGAGAUGAGCAACCAGUUUUUGGUUAGAGGAGAUUAGAGAGGAGGGGGAGUAGAAUAGAAAAUGGCAGUGGUAUGGAUUGAUGACCAUACAAACGAAAGGAAGAAAUUAAAAGAGCAUUGUGCAAGAGAGUUGAGGGAGGAGAUUGGAAAUCUAAAUGGCAUUUGGGCAGAAGACAUUAUUGGGGGCUCUGAAUAGCUGAUUAAUAUGUUUUUUAAUCUUUGCACUCUCCUCUCAGAAAUCUCCAGGGGUUUCUAUCUUUAUUUAGAUUUGACUUUACCAGUCCAACUGCCACCUCAUCCUGGGGGCACCUUGCCUCUUUCCUACCUGAAUGGUGCUACUACUUGCUGGCCCAGGAUCCAGGCCUCUUUUGUUCCCUACCUCAGUGCUGGUGUUCCAACUCUUUUCUAGUGGAAGGACCCUUACAAGAAAACAAGGACUUUCCUUUAGACAUUAUUUUGCUAAACUAAGAAACUUGUUUCUCAAUUUGAAUUUGUUUUAUCCUUUUUGAGGACUCAAGAGCCCUUGUACCUCCUUUCUUCAUCCUUUAAGGAGAAACUUCUCCCUAAUAGCUCUAGCUUGGGUCCCUGGUCCCAAUAUGCUAGUCUGUUUUUGUGACUAGGACCUUGCCUAUUUCCUGGUUGGCAUGGCUGAGCCAAGACAGGUUCCAGGUGGCCGGGAGACUCCUCAGGGGGAACUUCAGUCAGAGGUUGUUGACGAUGAGGCCCCUAGGAGUCCAAGUCCAGAGGAAAUAAGAGGAAGAAGCAGCAGUAGCAGUGAGACAAAGUUAUCUCCUAGAGAGGAGGAGGAACUGGAUCCUAGAAUACAGGAGGAGCUAGAACACUUGAAUCAGGCCAGUGAAGAAAUAAACCAAGUAGAACUACAACUAGAUGAGGCCCGGACCACAUAUCGGAGGAUCUUGCAGGAGUCAGCUAGAAAGCUCAAUACACAGGGCUCUCAUUUGGGAAGCUGCAUUGAUAAGGCCCGGCCAUAUUAUGAGGCACGGAGGCUGGCCAAGGAGGCACAGCAGGAAACACAGAAGGCUGCUCUGCGCUAUGAACGGGCCGUGAGCAUGCACAAUGCUGCUCGAGAGAUGGUGUUUGUGGCAGAACAAGGUGUCAUGGCUGACAAGAACCGGCUUGAUCCCACGUGGCAGGAGAUGCUUAACCAUGCCACUUGCAAGGUGAACGAGGCAGAGGAAGAGCGUCUUCGGGGAGAGCGGGAACACCAACGAGUGACCAGGUUGUGCCAACAGGCAGAGGCUCGGGUACAGGCCUUGCAAAAAACUCUUAGGCGAGUCAUUGGCAAGAGCCGUCCAUAUUUUGAGCUUAAGGCCCAGUUUAACCAGAUAUUAGAGGAACACAAGGCCAAGGUGACUGGGCUGGAACAGCAAGUGUCUCAGGCAAAGACCCGCUACUCAGUUGCUCUGAGAAAUCUGGAGCAGAUCAGCGAGCAGAUCCAUGCCCGUCGCAGGGGUUUGCCCCAAGACCCAGUCCGCAGGCGUUCUUCCCCUGUAGGGGCUGAGGCUGGACCUGAGAGUGGGGAUAGUGGAGAUGUCAGGGUCGAGGGAGCAGAGGGUGGGUAUCUGGAUGAGAGGGGGACCCUGGAGCCUGGCCCUGCUCCUGAUACCUUGAGUCUCCUAAGCCUUCGCACAGUUGCUUCCGACCUCCAGAAAUGUGAUUCAGUGGAGCACUUGCGGGGCCUCUCGGACCAUGCCAGCUUGGAUGGUCAGGAGCUAAGUUCUGAAGCGGGGGGAGAUCGAGGGAGUGGGAGUCGAGGUCGUCACCAACGAAGCAUCAGCUUAUAGCCCUCGCUUUCCCAAAAAUCUGGAAGUAUCUCCCCUUUUUGUCCCUGUUCUCACUCAGGGGUUCUUGCAGACUCUUUUGGUCUUCCUUUUCCCUUUGAGUGCUUCUUCUCCUUUAUUUUUAAAAGCCCCUUACAUCUAUUUGCUCUAUCUCUGUGAUAGUCUUCUUUUUCUUUCCUCACUGUCUCAUGCACCUGUCUCUUUUUCACUGAUGAUUUCAUUUCUGCCUUAUUCUGAGAGAAUGCUCUCAUCAGUCUUUCUUAACUUCUAUAAAUCAUUCUCUGUCUUCUUCCCUCUUCAUGUUUUUUUCCUCUUUUCCUCUUUUACCAUUUUUUGUCUGUCUUUCGCUCCCUCUAUCCAGAGAGACAGGAAGCUGACCAGAGUAGUACUGAAGCUCGGGUUGUUCUCAUUUUCUUUACUUCCUUAGCCUGGUUCUAACAGACAUCUUCCACAGGUAUCAUUCCUCUCUUUGAGGUUCUCUUAAUAAGACCCCCAGUGCUGCUGGACCCUACUGGGAAUUCAUGUUUUUUGCUGUGUUCCAAACUAUCUCAGUUGCAACACUACAUUAUAAGUUUAUUUACUCAAAAUGCCUUUCCCCUAAUUUUUAAUGACUCAAAAAAAGUAGGAUAAUGGGGUAUAAAUCUGAGAUUUCUAACUCUCAUCCUCCCUCCCUCCCUAAUCCAUAUUAGCAGUGAGUGACACUAGGUUUCUAAGCCACUAAUGAUCCAUGUAAACAAUGUCCUAUUCCUAUAGAGAGCCUUUGACGACUUCUGAUUCUUUUAAGAUUGAAAAGGUCUGAUGGAGUCUCUAAUUUGAGAGAUCAUUUUGGGAGGGAGGGAGGUGAGUUGUCCAAGCAUUAAAAUGGCUUCCCUCCCUGGUCUUGCUGGUAGUGAUUCACCAUACUUUACCUGUCAAGUGGAUGGUGAUUCAUUCUCUUCCCCAGCUGCCCAGUACAGCCAAGGAUAGAAUUAGGAACUACUGUUCUUCAUUUUACCAUCUUUCCCAAAUCAUGAGUAGGAAAACAGGUACUGUAGUCCCCUUCUCCCUUCCUCCCUUAUAUAAAUUUUUAUAUCACUCUAGGAGUUUCUUGACUUGCCUGCCUAUUUCCUUCCCUUUUCCAUCUCCUCCCUCUCAUCUCUCAGCUAUGGAAGAUAGAGAUUAAGAUGUCUCAAUGAAAGCCCCUUAUCUCCUUGGAUAUCAGAGGCUAGGGGUGUACAUCACACCUACUGUGGGUUGGGGAGGGGGAGUUAUUUCCCUGUUCCUCCCAUCUAGUAGACAUGGAAAGUCAUUCUUUUUGACAAGGGGCAUAGAGGAAUCCAUUUGCCUUUGCCCUCAUCUUUCUUUACCUCACUUCAUCAGGUAUUAUUCUACCUUUACCCACCCCUACUAAGUUCACUUUAAAGAUUUACACUUUAAACCACUGUUCUAUGUAUCACUCCCCCAAGGCAGGGCAAAAUGGUCAUAAUGAAAAUUAUUGUGUUUGAGGUGACUAUUCGGUGGAGUUGGAAGGAAGGUUGGGGGAGUGUGUUUGAGAAUGGAGGGACUGAUUGAUAGGAUUUUAUUUAAAUAAAAAAUAACAACUGGAAUUUCUUCCUGUGUAUUGUCUGUAUACAAGGGGAAAUGGUGAAAAGCUGAGAGGAGGAGGUUGAGGAGGUGUUAACUUGUUUCCUGCCUUCAAACUGAUUUCAAAUGACCAAGUUUAUCCAGUUUUAGACUUGACUAUAGUCUAUACCUCCUAGAAUUCAGCUUUGUUUUGUAAAUUUUGAAGUAACUCAUACAUAAAAUGAAAGUUAUUAUCCAGUGUUCUGAUUUGUAUGCAAACAAAUCUUAUUUUCUAGAAAUCUAUAACCUCUUAUGGCCUAUGGAAUUUUGCUACCUAAGAAAUUUUUACUAUCAGCACUACAAACUCGGCCUAUCUGAAGAAGUUUCUUACCAUCCAAAUCUUCUGCUGACUUGAUUAUUUUCUGCCUGUAAAACUACCUUGUUUCCCAUGAUUCAAACCUUGUGUUUCUUUGACCUUCCUUUAUCUUUCGUAUCCAAUAACCAAGUCUUAGUGACUAAUAGUAUGUUACCUCCCCAUUUGACCCACUGUCCCAUUCCCCUUGCCACUGCCAUAGCAUAGGUCCUUAUUACAACUCACUUCUUGAUAAGUCUUCCUAUUGAUGCUCAGUCCUCCAAUCUAACUUUUGUAUAGAUGUCAGGUUAUUUUGUUCAUAGAAUAGUCAGUGCUCAGAAAUCUUCAUUGGCUUCCUUUUGCCUACCAAAUAAAGUUCCUUUAGCCUUCCACAAUCUUUAGUUUUACCUAUAUUAUAGUAUAUGAACUGGAGUUUUGAUCUCAUUAACGUUAAUACCCAUGGGAGGAAACUCCCUCAACUAAUACUAGUCAGCACCUUCUAUACAAUUUAUAGUCUUAAAAGUUACCUGAAAGAUUAAAUGAAAUGUUCAGAGUCAUUACAGAUAGUCAUUAUCAGUAAGGAUUUGUACAUAGGUUUUCUUGGCCUCAAAGCCAGCUUUCUCCCUAACUAUGUUAUGUAAUACCACUGUCUCCUUGCUAUAGGAACAUUCCUCAAACUUUCCCAUCUGUGCUAUUGUUCACAUUGUUUGCCAUACCUGGAAUGCUGGCUGAUAUUCCCCUCCCCUGCUGUUAAAUUACAAGUCAUUUCUUUAGAGCCCAAAUGAAAGACUAUCUUUGGAAAGCCUUCCUUGAUCCUUUUGGACCUUUUUUCAUUCUGGCCUCUCAAGUGUUUUAUUUAUAUUUUUAUGUAUGUAAUUCAUUGGGCCUUAAAAAUUUUUUUUAAAUACAGAUUUUUAAAAUUUCCUUUUAAAAGUACAACAAUUUGAAUAUAUGAACAAGAACAUAAAAUAAAAAUAAUCAUGUAAAUGAUCAUGAAGCCAACAAAAGAAAGUAAAUGAUUAUUUGUCUGUGAUUUGUUACCAUUUGUGUACAACCCCCAAAGAUGGGUAUAUUGACUUUUAAUGUAGUACUGCUCACAUUGUUUUUAUUUUCCUAAUCUUUGUCACAUGAAUUUGUCUCUCUAUAAUGUAUAGUUUUAUUCCUACAUGCAUAUACACACAACUCAUAUUCUUUAAGUUUGUGCUUCCCUUUUCUUAUAUGUGAAAACUAGCAUUUGAUUAGCCAUUUCCCAUUUGAUAGACACCUACAUUGUUAAAGACUUUUGCUGUAACAGAUAGGGCUGCUAGAGGAUAUUUUUGUACCAAUCACCUAGAGGAUAAAGAGAGUAUGCACAUUUUUGUAAAUUUGGGGUAAUUUCUUAUUGCUUUCCACAAAUAUUAGACCUUUUCCUAAGUCCAGUAAUAGCUUAAUAGCAGGUACAGCAUAUAUUGCUAGCAUUGAAUUUUCCUUUUCAUCUUUUCUGGUUAUGAUGAUGAUGAGGUGGAAAGUCAAGAUUGUUAUUAAUUUGAAUAUGCUCUUAUAGAUGGCUUUAGUCUUUAUUAGUUUAUUUAUGGCAACUUCCCUCUUUCCCUAUUGAACCUUUCUUUCUUUUCUUUUUUUUU